GUCUUCUCGCCAGAACAGAGCAGACAAAUCUGUUCUCAGUCCUGAAGACUUCAUGGAUGAAGAGGAUCUCAGUGAAUUUGGAAUAGCACCUAAAGCAAUUGUCACCACAGACGAUUUUGCUUCCAAAACCAAAGAUAGGAUCCGAGAGAAGGCCAGGCAGUUGGCGGCUGCUACUGCCCCUAUUCCUGGAGCCACUCUGCUCGAUGACCUCAUAUCACCAGCUAAAUUAUCUAUUGGUUUUGAAUUGCUAAGAAAAAUGGGUUGGAAGGAAGGGCAAGGAGUUGGCCCUCGAGUAAAGAGAAGGCCACGCCGACAGAAACCAGAUCCCGGAGUCAAAAUCUAUGGCUGUGCCUUACCCCCUGGAGGCUCAGAAGGGUCUGAGGAUGAAGAAGAUGACUACUUGCCUGAUAAUGACCUUUGCCCCCAAAGACGUCACACCUGUGGAUUUCACACCUAAAGAUAAUGUACACGGACUCGCUUACAAGGGCCUGGAUCCCCACCAGGCACUGUUCGGAACUUCAGGAGAACAUAUUAAUCUCUUCAGUGGGGGAUCUGAGGGGACCAGUGAUCUUCUUGGAGAUGUUGGACUGAGUAAAGGAAGAAAGCUGGGCAUUUCAGGCCAGGUAAAAGCGAUCUGUCUCAUACAGGCGGAACCGCGGACAGAUGAGUGCCCUUUCCAUGUUAGGGGUGCCCCACGGCAGACACUCAUUAAUCGUGGAACA